AUGGUGAUGUCAAAGGUGCAGAUCUGGUACCUCUUUUGUGAAGGGGCCCCUGAGGAGACACCUUUGAUCACUGUGGCCAUCGAAAAACCCAAGGAAGGAGUCAAGAUUGGGGACAGGGAUCAUACCAAUUUGAAGGUGGCGGGGCAGGAUGGCUCCGUGGUCCAGUUUAAAAUUAAGAGGCAUACGCUACUUAGUAAAUUAAUGAAAGCCUAUUUGAAUGACAGGUUGAAGAUGGAGGAUGAAGAUACAAUUGAUGUGUUCCAGCAGCAGACAGGAGAUGCCUACUAA